AUGACUGAGAUCCACGGCUACUGUGAUGAGAAAUUUGCACCGGUACGUGAGGCUUUUGAAAAGAACUUCACGGAAAAAGACGAUCUUGGCGCCAGCUGUGCCAUUACCGUUGAAGGAGAGUUUGUCGUGGACCUCUGGGGCGGCUUCAAAGAUGAAGAGAAAACCCAGCCGUGGCAGGAAGACACCAUCGUCAACGUGUAUUCCACGACAAAAACCAUGGCGGCUUUGACCGCCCUGGUAUUAGCUGACCGUGGUGAACUGGACCUUUAUGCAAAGGUGUCCAGCUACUGGCCGGAGUUUGCGCAGAACGGCAAAGAAAAUGUUGAGGUUCGCCACUUCAUGAGCCACAGCGCAGGUUUAUCCGGCAUGGAUGAAAAAAUGCAGGGUGAGGAUGUCUGCGACUGGGAGAAAAUGGUCGAUGCGCUUGCCCGCCAGGCGCCCUGGUGGGAGCCCGGUACGGCCAGUGGUUAUCAUGCGUUAACCCAGGGUCAUUUGAUUGGGGAGGUUGUGCGACGCAUCACCGGCAAGACCAUCGGCACCUUUUUCAAAGACGAAAUUGCCGGUCCGCUCAAUGCAGAUUUCCAUAUCGGCAUUGGCGAGGAACAUUUUGCCCGUAUCGGUAAUCUGAUUCCGCCAAAAGAUGAUCUGGCGACUCAGGCCGGGGGUGAUCCAGACUCUAUAGGGGCAAGAACUUUCCGCAAUCCUUCUGCCCGAGCGUCCAUGUCGCGCACGGCUGCCUGGCGCAAAGCGGAAAUUCCUGCGGCUAACGGCCAUGGUAAUGCGCGCUCGGUAGUGCGUGCGCAAACCCCGGUGGCCAAUGGUGGUUCUGCCUUUGGUGUAGAGUUACUGUCACCAGCAGGCGCGGCCCGCGUGUUUGACGAACAAACUAACGGUACUGAUCUGGUGCUUGGUGUGCCCACCCGCUUUGGUAUGGGUUAUGGUUUGACCGGUGAUGCCAUGCCCAUGGGGCCGAAUGAGCAUAUUGCUUACUGGGGGGGUUGGGGCGGCUCAACUAUUGUGGUGGAUCAGGACGCGCGUAUGUGCGCGUCUUACGUGAUGAACCGUAUGUUUGCGGGUCUGUUAGGCGAUACCCGAGGGUUUAAUCUGUUGCAGGCCGCCUACACUUCGCUGUGA